AUGGCUCAGGAGAAGGAGGUGGGGCUGCCGUUCUGGCAAGGAAGGUGCGAGGAGAGAGAAAACAUUCGACGUGCGGAAAAGCUGGCUGCCCAAGCCUUGGGCAAGGACCAAGUUGAGAACCACGAAAUUAUAGCCAAGGACCUGCUGGACAAGAACCCCAAGUGCACGACAGCAGGAAACUGCAAGCCUAAUCCGAACGGAGGUCCGUAUUGCAGCCGCCAGUUCGGCGGUGUUUGCACUCCGUGCUACAUUCCCGGCACGCAGGACCCGUAUUUGACUCCGGAUAAUACCCCGACAUGCCCGUUCUCCCUCAAGGAAGAAAUGGGCGGCAUGGCGGGGGUUGCCCCCAACACAAGAUGCAAGUCCAAAAGUGCGAGCGACCUCUGCUGCUUGUACGGCAUCGAUGGCGGCUGUGACAAAGACUUCUCCGACGGAUCGAAAGUGACGACAGACAUGGAAGGUUACUUGGGUGUCAUGGCUACGGCUCACAAGGACCCAGUUCAGAUGUUCAACUUUGCCAGCAAGUGGAUCCAGGAGAACCACGGAGAGGUACAAGACCAG